GUGGUGGUCAGAAUACUGGCUGCACUACACUGUCUGAGGAAUUCAAAGGAAGCGACUUGUCUACAGAAACAGGAAAACAAUCGUACUGCCAAUAGUGCAGAAGCAGACUGAGUUAGACCGACAAAUCUCUUCCAUUUCGGAAAACAAUGAUAAAGAUUUAGCUGUUGAGCUAUACUGUGAGGAAAUAAAUGAUCCUCCAUCAGUACCAAGUUCUAGCUGCAGGAAUGACUUUCAGCAGAUGCUUACAGGAGUUACUUGUUGUCACGUCAAGACAAUACUGUUUAAUAUCGACUGUGAGUUAGUGUCUCAGCAUUUGGACUCGCCUGCUGGUGAAACUGAGAGCAAACAGUGAUUACAUGCAGACAGGAGGAAACUCAGCAAGAGUUGACAGACAUGGACAGCUCAGAGCCAGACAACCUGAAACUAGAGGAACAAAAGUCCAGCCAGACUCCUGAAGACAUGAAGGAUGAAAGCAAAGGUCAGUCUAUUGUUGGUAUUUUUUAAAGAAAGUAAUGAUGCUUAAUGUGAAAUGUACAUCAGAGUGUGAGUCAAACAGUGAUGAUGAAACAGGGAGAACACACUUAGAUCUUGAUAAUAUGAUCAACCAUUCAAACACAGAGGACAUGGUGAACCCCCUCGACGUAAUCACUGCUCUCUUUCUGUGUUCUGAUGGUUUUCUACAGCAGGAAAUGGCACUAAAAAUGUCCAUGUGUCAGUUCUCUGUCCCUCUGCUGCUUUCUAAAUGUGACACAGGACAGUGCACACUCAUGCUGUGGGCCAUGAGAGACAUUGUUAAAAAGUACAGACCUCAGUCUCUUUCACAGUCAAAGAGCUUCAUUGAAGAAAGAAUCGUUCUCUCUGAACUUCCAAUGGUCUCUUUUGUCAGACUGGGUGAGUGCUCCUUGUCCAAGUCAGAGAUUCUCAAUAAGGUUCUGAGCAAUGAUCAGCAGUACCAUGACACCUUUGUUCACCACAACAUGGAGUGUGGUGACAGUCCAAGAAGAAUUUCUAAUGGCCUGACUGAAAUUACUUGGUAUCUUCCUGGUGGAAACACAAACAUUGAUAUUUUCAGUCAGCCAGUGGCUGUAGCUAACCUUCGUGGAGACAUUGCUUCAUUUGAAACACAAUACUCCUUUUUGUGUCAGACAUCUGCAGCAGUUUUUGUCUUCUUUGAUCAUUUGGAUUCUGAGUCUGAAUCUGUGAUCAAUCUGCUUAAAAGCCAGAACAAAAAAUCACAGAUCUUCUUGGUCGGUAACUGUGAGAGCAAGCGCUUCAAUUUGGAUACUGUGAAAAAUCUGGCAACCAAGUUGGGCUUCAGCAAUAAUAACAUUAUUUUUAAGACAAAGCAGAAAAAUGAAGCAUACUUUGUAAAAGAUUUGAGGAAAACUGUCAGAAAUGUGGUUGAGAAAGCAGAGCUGAAGAUGAAAAUAGAGGAGAUGGUGGAUAUUGCUCAUCAACUGAGAAUCGUGGUUGAUGAAGACGCUCCAGAGUGCCAGACUGCAAAGAAAAAUGCAAAAACCAUCACUGCAAAAAUUCAAGACAUCCAUAAAUAUAAACAAAAUGAGCUUCCCAGACAAGGCCAAAUUUGGGAAACACUGACCUCGUUACAGAAGGAAGACUUUCGACUUCAAAAUGUUGGGUCUAAAAAUGUAGAAAAUUACAGAAGUGAUCUUCAGAAACAGAAAGAAGAACUGCGGAAAAAGCAGAACUCUUAUGAGAUGUCAACAGCUAUGACAAACUUCAUCACAGGGAUAUCAAGGUCAGGAACAGAAAGGUUUUAUUUUCUGAAAUGGAUGCGAAUGAACCUCGAUAAUGUGUCUCAUAUGAAACUGUGUGAACUCAGGGAGAAAUAUAAAGAAAAAUGCAAGAACUCUGAGAACAAAGAGGAGAUCAAAGAAAUUGACAGACAAAUUUCCAGCAGCUCACUGGGGACUGAACACUUCUUCCGUGAAAUGGGUCAGAUCUAUGAAGCUUCACUGUCUCUUCCAGAAACAGACCCAUCACGUCAACAAUUUCAGCAUCUGCCCAAAUGGUGUGCAGAGUUGUUGCUUGAUGGAUUUCCUCUUGAGCUUGUAGAUGGAGAUGCAUCCAACAUCCCUCUCAGAUGGGUGAGUGAUGUUCUCUCUCAGCUCAGUGACUUGGUGUCUCCAAACAGAAAGAUACGAGUAGUCACAGUUCUUGGAGUUCAGAGCACAGGAAAGUCCACUCUCCUUAACACCAUGUUUGGAGUGCAGUUUGCAGUCAGCAGUGGUCGAUGUACUCGAGGUGCCUUUAUGUUGCUCAUCAAAAUCAAUGAAGACGUGAAAAACGUCCUAAACUGUGACUUUAUGGUGAUCAUUGACACUGAGGGCUUAAAGUCACCAGAACUUGCACAACUGGACAACAGCUAUGAGCACGACAAUGAGCUUGCAACACUUGUUGUGGGGCUGAGUGAUGUCACGAUUGACAACAUUGCAAUGGAGAAUUCAACAGAAAUGAAGGACAUCCUACAAAUAGUUGUGCAUGCUUUUCUCAGGAUGAAGGAGGUGGGCAAAAAGCCUAAAUGUCAGUUUGUUCACCAGAAUGUGUCGGAUGUUUCAGCCCAUGACAAGAACUUACGAGACAGGAAACUGCUCCUGGAUCAGUUAAAUGAGAUGACUCAGGCAGCAGCUAAAAUGGAAAAGAAAGAGGGGAACAAGAGCUUCACUGAUGUGAUGGAGUACAGUCCAGACACUGGGAACUGGUACAUUCCUGGACUGUGGAAUGGAAACCCACCAAUGGCACCAGUUAAUGCAGGAUACAGUGAGGCUGUAUAUGAGCUCAAGAAAAACAUCAUCCAAUUUCUGGGAAACUGUGAGUCAUCUGCUAAUGAUGUCAUAGAGUUUAAAGAGUGGGUGAAAAGCCUGUGGAAUGCAGUAAAGCAUGAAAACUUCAUCUUCUGCUUCAGAAACAGCCUCGUAGCUGAUGCAUACAUGAAGCUCUGCACAGAGUUCAAUAAAUGGGAGUGGGAAUUCAGAAAAGAAAUGUACACCUGGGUAACAAAUGCAGAAACAAAAAUUUACAAUUUUGGUUUCUACAUUCUGCAGCAGCAGAAAUUAGACAGGGGAUGACAGAAAUUGAUAAAAUCAAAAACAAUUGAGAUUGAAAAAGCAGUCCGUCAAUUAAUUGAUAAAUGUCAAAAGAAAAACAUCCAAAUGACAGAUGCAGAGUUGGACAAAGAGUCUGAGAAGAUGUGGAGUGAAACUUUACAAAAACUGUCUUUCUCUAAACAAAAAACCUCAAAUGUCACCAACAGGGUAUCCUACUAUCUGAGAGAUA